ACACUCUCAGUGAACGGGACGCAGGGGCGCUUUUCCCGUCUCGGUUUGGGAAGGAAGGACUCACUACAGCCAGUGCAGCAUGUGAAAGUCCAACACUGGCUACUUUCUCCUCUUUUCUUUUUACACAUUUUGCAGCCAGUCUCUGAUCAGAGAUAAGCAAUUCCACCGCACUGAUUUCUCCACUGAAAUGCCGUCAUGUCACGCGUACAUGUCAGCUGGAUUAUAACGGUGCUCGCGGUGGAGCUCGCGACACUGUCCGCCGCGCACGCUCACAGCUGUCACGAGGUGAAAACGGCGUUUCAGGUGCGUCAGAUCGGCCAGCUGAAAUGGGUGCCGGAAACACCUGCUACAGAUGUGGACCUGUCAGUGUGCAAGCACGCUGGGCCAUCAUGUUGUACGCGAAGAAUGGAAGAGAGCUACAGAGCAGCAGUCCUGAGAGACACCACCCAGAACAUCAGAUCAUACAGCUUUGAGCUGAAAUAUCUCAUUUCUGCACAUGCCACCGCCUUCCAGGAUACGUUCCAGUCUUUAAUAUCAUUCUCUCAGAAUCACCUGACCUCUCUGUUCGAGACCGCAUACUCUUCCCUCAUGUCGUCCAUCUCCCCUCACAUCGUCUGCCUCUUUACUGAUCUAUCCCGCUUCCUCCAAGGCACCGGCAACGUCUCUGUUGAAACCGCUGUGCACUGUUUCUUCGACAGUCUUUUCCCGUUGGUCCACACUCGUAUUGUCAAUCCUGGCAUGGCCGGGAGCGUCGGCGGAGAUGCUUCUGACGGCAACCAGCUCGGCGACUGUCUCCGCAUGACGAGGCAGGACGUUAACCCCUUUGGGCCGCACCCAAAAGCGAUGGCAAAGGCACUUGCGGACGCAUUGCGGGCAGGGCGGGUGCUCAGCUUGGCUCUCGGCGUAGGGUCAGAGGUGAUGAACAUUACGGACACGGCGGAGUUAUCAAAAGAGUGCACGCGUGCACUGGUGCGCAUGCAUUACUGCUCUCAUUGCCGUGGGCUAACCCUGAUCCGGGCAUGCAGCGGCUACUGCCUCAACGUCAUGCGUGGGUGCUUGGCCAGCCUCUCAGAGCUACACAACCCAUGGAGACAGUAUGUCACCGUGCUGCAGGAUCUCACACACAUGGUCGCUGGAGCACACAACCUGGAGCUCGCUUUGCUGGGCAUCAGAGGUCAAGUUGAGGAGGCCAUUCUCUAUGCUCAACUCCACGGGCCAAGGCUAACUGCCACGGUGGAUAAGGUAUGUGGUCACUCUUCAAACACGUCUUCAAGCACAGUAAGGGCGUUUCCUCCGAUUUCGGUCACACCUCCACCUGCCAACAUCUCGCAGGACGUUCCAAGGGCCGAUAAAAUCAGCGUGUUGGCACACCUUCACAGUUCACUCCCUCUGAAAACCUCCAAGAGCGAUAGAGGUAGAACUCUGAAAAAGGUUGCACGGGAGUUUACAGGUUACAUCACCCGAUACAAGUCCUUCUUCGCCAUACUUCCGGAGACAUUGUGUGAAGGAGAGAUGGGAGUCGAUGAGCUCACGUGUUGGAGUGGAGACGACGUGGUCAAAAGUUAUACUGCAAAAGUGGUGGGCAAUGGAGUUCGUGCUCAAAGACAGAAUCCAGAAGUCAGGGUCAGAAGUGCUGAUCCUGUGCUGAUGGAUGUCAAAAACAGACUCGAGCUCUUCAACAUGGAGAUCCAAAAGGUCAUGCCGGGUGUGGGGCACAGGGAAUCCUGGGAUGACACGGGCAGUGGGGAGAGCAGUGGCGAAUGUGAUGAUGAGGAUGGUUGUGAAGGUUCUGGAGAGUCGGUGGCAUCUCCCCCUCUGACAGAAGCUGAUGUAUCCAAAAAGGCAGUAAAGGUCUCUUUCCACGACUCGCCCAUCACCCGGAACAAUCCUUCAUCAGAUGCUUUUCUUUCCAUGGCCAGUUUCAUCAUCAUCAUCCUCGCUCUGGGGCUGCAGUUGCCCUUCAUCUGAAAGGCCACAACCGCACACACACACAAAGAUCAUAUGAACACACUGGUGAACAUCAUAAAGAAAUGUCAGGCUCUUAUUCCCCCCAAAAAUCAAAAGAGAAAAGAAAGUAUAUAUUGCAUAACAAAAAAUGAUGCAUUUUAUAAAUUUGGCAUUGUAUUUAUUUAAUUUGAAAUUAAAUCCUGACAGUUUAAGCAAGAAGUGAGAAUGUUUUUUUCAUUGUCAUUACUGUAAUACAAGAAAGAAAAUCAUAUAUACACACACAGUCAAAACCAAAAAUUAUUCAGAUGUUUUUGAUAUUUUUGGAAUAUUUUUACUAGUGGGCGCAGGACACUUUAGUUCAUUUAUGUAAGUGAAGAUAGCAAAAUAAAGUAAACUGUGACAUAUUAUACCCAAAAAUUCUUCAUACAGUGGACUACCAGUAAAAUUGAUGAAAAUUUGGAACCAAAAAUUAUUCAAACACUUUGACCUGACCAUGUUUUGUUUAAGUGUUAUCUGACAUAAUUAAGAUUAUUUUUUUCUGACACAGUUUGACUCUGAGAUCUUGUCAUAUUUUAUUACCAUUUUUUAAACUAUAGUGAAUAAACUGUAUUAAUAAAUGAAAUGUUCAAAGUGUCUGAAUAACUUUUGGUUUGACUGUAUGUAUAUAUGUGUGUGUGUGUAUAUAUAUAUAUAUAUAUAUAUAUAUAUAUAUAUAUAUAUAUAUAUAUAUAUAUAUAUAUAAUAGGUUAUUAGUUGUUGUUUUUUUAGCAAUUUUUUUGCAACACAGUAGGCUUUUAAGAAUUUGCGGAUAUUGUUUGAAUGUGGUUAAUAUAAAUACUUUUUUUUAAUAUAUAUAUUUUAUUUUUGCACUUAUUUUUUUGUAUUACAGUAGGCUACUAAUAAUUGUUGAAUUGGAGUUAAUUGUCAUGGAAAUACUGUCAUAAAAAAUAAAUAAUAAUAAGUUUUAUGGUCUUAAUGCAAAAUCUAAUUUCUUAUUUCCUUCUUUUGAUUUUGGGGUGACAUAUGACCUGGGCAUUUCCUGACAGUUCAUAUGAGCUACACUGUAUACCUACCAAUUCCCAUUGCAAGGUUGUUUUUUUAUGUUCCCAGCCUUCUGUGACAGCCCCAUUUUUGUGGAAGACUCCGGCAGGGAAACUAGCAGUGCUCUCUGGGGUUUAAGUGUUAACACUCUCCACAGACUUAUUGUAUCUUAUUGUAUCUGUUAUCAUCACUGACUGGGACUGUGGAAUGCAUGACAAAAUAUGUGCAUCUGUGGAAACAUUGCUCAUGACCACACAACAAAAAAAAACAAAACACAAACUGUCUGCACUCUGCACAAUCAGCAAGGGAUAUUACCACACACACACACACACACACACACACACACACACACACACACACAUACACACACAUUAUUGAAUGCAUUAUUGAAUGAAACUAUGAAUAUGCACAUUUAGUAUGUAUAUAGUUUGAACUGGCGCUGAAUUUAUAGGACAACGAAUGUUUAACUGAAGUAUCACACAAACAUUUUUUAAUAUUUCAUCAACUCUAACCCGAAGCCCACACAAACACACAAUAAUAGUUACACAAAUCUUACAACGUAUUGGAAACUGGGGCUUUGCCGUUACCUGUUUGCACAACUUCCGUGGCUUUAAAGGGCUCGAAACAUCCCUUUAAUACUUAACAUAUUUUUUAAAUCCUGCAUUUACCUCCCCACUGCACCGGCUUUCUAUGAAAACUCACUUUUAACUUAAUGCUGUACGUUUAUUAAACAUAUUUGGUAUAUACUCUGUCAUUUGGAGUAUACUCGGUCAGUUUCAUGAGAUUCAAAUUUGAUCGAAUUACAUAUUUGAAAUUGCACUAAACUUACUUUAAAAAUGUUUUGUUUUUUUCCCCCAAAAGUGUGAUGCAGGUUUGCGUGAAUGUUCUGUCAUGAUUAAUGUAAAAAGUAAAAAAAUAAAAAAAUUAAAAAAUUAAAUAAAAAUUAAAAAGGCUGUUAAAAGCCCCACAGAUAUGCAGAAUGCCUUUCUUUUAUAAAUAAUGAACUUAAAGCAAAGCAAUGCAAGAGGUUUAGAGAUGCCAAAUAUUUUCUGUAAUAGCUUCUUUAGCAGUCUGUUCAUAGCAACAUAAAAAACAUUUUUAUUUCUUAUUGUAUGUUAACUUUUUAAGAGUCAGUAUUAAAACAUUGCUUUAGUUCUUACACAGAAGCAAAGAGGGUCUGUAAACAUUUUUUAUGUUAAGCUUUUGUUGUUGUUGUUGUUGUUGUUGUUGCUGUUUCUGAUUGCACAUUAAUUGCUACACUCUAAAAAUGUUGGGUCGUUUCAACCCAUGUUUGGGUCAAAUAUGGACAAACCCAACCACUGGGUUUAAAAUUUAAUUAAGAAAUUUAAACCAACAGUUGGGUUUGUUCAUGUUUGACCCAAACAUCAAACAUGAACAAACCCAUAAACAACCCAGCAUUUUUUAGAGUGUACAUUUGAUUUGUCUCAUAUCUCUCUGAUGUUGGUUUUGUUUUUAAAUGAACGUUCACAAAUCUUCAUACAUUCUUAAACAUUUACAAACCAUCCAUUUAGCCUCAAAUAACACCGAUACACCCAGGGUGUGAAUUAUGCAGGGUCUGGACCCUUAGGCUUGAUGAUGACCCCACAAAUUUGAGAAAACAAGGGUUGGGGAUUCUACCUUGUAGUUGCUUUUACCUGAGGAGGUAACUAUUGCAACAGUAUGAGCUAUUAGGUUGCAACAGUAUGAGCUGAAAGGCUAUUUGGGAUUGCAUAAGAUGAACCUAAUUGAACCUAAAAUCUGCCAGUAUUUAAUCACCUUCACCCUCAAGAUAUUGUUCAAACAUGUACCAUUUGUUUUCAGCAGAAGAAAAAAAGUCAUACAGGUUUGGAACAACAUGAGGGUGAGUAUAUAAUGACAGAAUUUCAUUUUUUGGUGAAUUGUUUCUUUAAUAUCGCACACUAAAUAUGUAGUGUAUCUAUAACAAUUCCUUUCCAUUUACAAAAAAAGAAAAAAAGUUGAAGGCCAUUGUGUAAUUUGCACCCUGAAUAGAGUUAAUGCAAACACAAAACUGAUGUUUUUACGCCAUUGCAGUACAACUGUAAUUUCUGUGUAUGGCUGUAAAAUGGAUUGCGAUUACAGUUUGUUUGCUGUGUUUUAUUUGUUUGUUCAUGUUUUGGUUGUACGGCUCAGUGAAUGAAGCUACUGAAAAACUCAGAUAUACACAACGCAUAUAAGAAGUUGGUCAAACAGCUAAUAAACUGAUUCUCUGCUCA